GAGAGUAUAUAUCUAGAGCCAGGAGCUUACCCAAACCUAUAAAAGGUGAAGGAGCAGACGACAACGGGACAGUGACGCAGCAUGACGGGAAAAUGAAACGCUCUUAUUUUGUUCUUUGUGUAUGGAUGACCCUGUUGGCCCAUGCAUAUGUAGGGGGAACUGUUACAAAAGAAAGUGAUCGAAGUCUGAUGACAUUCAGGCAAUGUCUUGAUAAAUGUGUGUCCAAAAAUUACCAUGGGGAUUCUCCUAGCACUGUUUGCUCCUUUGGGCGCUCGGCGACAUUUAGACAGUCUUGGGACGGGGCACCUGUGAGAGUUAACCCCUCGGCCGCUGCGCCGAUCUACGGUCAGAUGGCGAGUUAUGACGAAAGAUUUCCCGCAGGUGACGUCAGAAGAACGUCAAAGACUUUAUCUAGAGUGAUUCGUGGAAUAGUAAGAGACAGGAGGAAAGACUCUAGCUCUGAAACCUCAAGUCGUGAAGAUUACGUGAACAUUUGUUACAACUGUAUCUCCGGGACGUGUCGACCCUACAUCUUCUUUGGUUAGCACCCUCCAUGUAACCUAUCAUCCAAGCCGGCAGUGCUGUCGAUUCAGCCAAUCAAAGACCAGUACUGCUAUUAUUAUAUGUACAUCCAAUAAAAGACCAGUGUUGUUAUAAUAACAUCCAAUCAAAGGUUUACUACAACGCUGAUGAUUAUCCAAUCAAAUACACCCGGCAUUCACUAAAUGUUUUCCAUUGUUAUCUGCCAAACUUUCAUUGUGUUUUUAAGACUUGGUUUUUUUUUUUAUAUAAAUAUUAUGUAUUAUUUAAACAUGUUAUCAAAAUAAAAUAUUACAAACAAUCA